GGAAGGAAGAGGGAGAGGGAGAGAGAGAGAGAGAGAGAGAGAGAGAGAGAGAGAGAGAGAUGGCGACGGCUAUGCAGUGGUGCGGCGCGAUGACGCGACGGAUUAUGAUGACGCAGCGUACGUCUGCACAAGUGACGGCGGCGGCGGCGGCGGGGAUGGAAGAGUGCGGGAGAGGGGAUAGUAAGACGAAGAAAGGGAAAAGGUUCAAAGGAUCGUACGGGAACUCGAGAGGGAAGAAGCAGAAGAUGAUUGAGAGAAUCAAAGACAAGCUCGAACUCCCCAGAUCCACUCCUUGGCCUCUCCCUUUCAAGCUCAUCUGAUCAAUCAUAUCAUUCUCUUAUUCUAUUCUAUUCUUAGGGCUUUUCUCCUUUGCUACAAGUUAUAAAACUGUCUGUAUACUUUUACUUCUUCUUUAUGAAUCAUUGAUCUGUGUUUUUGUUUAAACUCAUCAAAUUUUCAAUCUCCCAGUGCCAAUUUGUGCACAAAGGUUGUUGAGUUUCAUUGAGCUAUUUGGUUUCCAGAA